AUGGCGACGCUGGAAGCAGGUACAAUCACCAGUAAACCUCAGACUCCCACACAGGAGGAGACACAGCCUCAAUCUGAGCAACAAGGUUAUGAGCAAACAGCACCACCUUACCCUGACUUCUCCAAGCUAGCCACUAAGCAGGACAUUAAAGCACUUCUAGCUGACUUUAGGCAGACCUGGGCAGCAGAUAUUGCAGUGAUACAGACAGAUCUGCAAAUGGUGACUGACAGGGUCCAUAGCACAGAAGAAGACAUCAUAGAUGUGAAGCAAGCUGUAUCCCACAUGGGAGACUCGCUCCAGGAAGUGAGGAAAGCCCAACAGGCACUCUCCUUACAACUUACUACGUUAGAUGAUCGCUCCAGGCGCAAUAACCUGAAAAUCAGGGGGGUAUCUGAAACUAAUACAAUGGAAGAACUGCCCCAUUAUUUAAGGCGCCUAGUAACCUCACUCCUACCUCCAACACAAGCCAAAAAAGUAACGAUCGACAGUAUGUUCCGCCUACCGAAAUCAGCCAGGGCCCCAUCUCAGGCUGUCGGCGACAUCCUCAUCCACUGCACAUCCUCACAAGACAAGCGGACACUCCUGGCAGCACUACGGGACCACACACCCUACCAGUUUGAGGGCUCAGGUCUGUCAUUUUAUCAAGACCUAUCACAGUCCACCUUACAGUGGAGGCGCACAAUGCUCCCAGUAACAAGCCGGCUCAGGAAUGCUGGAAUAGCAUACCGCUGGACCCCACCAAGAUCGCUCAGUGUGCUCCACAACGGGACAGCUCACACUAUAUUCUCGGCAGAGGAAGCUCCAGCCCUAUUUGGGAGAAUGGGACUCUCCGCACCUCCUGAUGACUCAGCCAGCACCCACUCAUGGGACCCGACCACCAUAGUCCCCUUCACCCCAGGACGCCAACAACACGAACCACGGAAGGGAACAGGACUGAAUACCUAAACACGGCUCACGCAAACAACCAAGGGCCGCAUUAUCACUGUUUUUGUACAAGUAUUUUGUUACAAGUUUUUAUCCCUGUUUGAUACACUUACAAAUGCUUGCCUCACUAUCGGGGUCUUCUUAAGAUAGGACACAUAGGAGGGGAGUUACAACCCCCAACCCCGCGAGUAAGGGAGCCUACCACUCACCCAUCCCCCCCGCAUCCCCCAUGGUUAGGGGAACACCAAGCACGAGCCUCACUAUCUCCCAAAUCCAGUGUAGGCAACAAUUGCUCACCGCCUCACUCACGCACUGCUAGAUGCCCACUCAGGUACAUAUAGGCUCCCAACAAUCCUAACACUAAAGCGACACAUUUACAGGGCAGCUACUCAAAACCCCUACAGCCCACUCCUCACCACCCAGGGUCUUCACAGCCCCACAGAACACCAAAGAUCCCAAUCAGAUCUCUCCAGUAGGAUCUCCGGCACAAGAUCUAGUAGCUACUAAGAUGCAAAACGCCCAGCGACACACCUUAACACUAAAGGUACAUAGCAAGUACCAGAGAUACAGCUCACAGCCUGAUUUACAGCUCCCAUAA